AUGGCGACCGCCGGCCGAAACCGUUCGCUGUUCUCGCCUCAGCCCAUCGUCGUGUCUCUGAACGGAUUGUCGGAGCAUUCGACCGGCCCGCCGUCCCCGUCCUUCGACAUUCUCAGCAUGGAGAUGGAGGACAACUUGCGUGACCUCGCGAUGACGCCGUACCCCGAGAAGCCGGGCCGCCACACUGCCGGCUCGUCGGCCAGCGACCGCUCGGUCUCGUUCCGCGAGCCGUUGACGAACCCCGACAUCCCCCUCGGCGGCCACUGCUCGCUGUACGCGGGUGUCCAGGUGUCGGCGCGAAGCCCGAGGAGCGCGCGCUCCACGGUCAGCAACCACAGCCGUCGCCCGUCGCGCACCCUCAGCCACAGCACGCCGACGAGCCCGAUGCGCAAGAAGCUCCCCUACCACGAUCGCAAGACGCGCCGCGAGAUUCGCCGGGAGAAUCAGCAGCUCAAGCUGAACCCGCCCGCCUCCGCGCCGCCCAACGGCCAGGUGGUGAUCCAGAUGCGCAAGUCGCAGUUGAGCAGCCUGCUCGCCCGGCUGGCUGCCGAUGACGACGACACGCUCGUCUCGAUCUUUGUGGACAAGGACAAAGUGCUGACCCGCCAACAGUACACGGCCAUGAAGAAGAAGAACCCGCCCGGCUUCUUC